AUGAGCCUGAUGCAGAUACUGAGGCAGGCAGAGGGGGGAGCAGUCGGGUCAAUCUUGAAGAAUGACCCGUUUGAUGAUGUUGCCAAAGUGUUAUCAUUACCUACAUCCUCUUUAUGUGUUGGCAAAUUUGACAUAGUCGCGUCCUACCUUAAUUCUACAAAAGAGCCUCAAGCAACCAUUCUAAAAAGUGAAGCCAUAAAGGAUCAUGAUGCUCCAAGAGUCGCUUGGUUUUCUUCACUUGGGCUGAAUUUUCUUGUGCUAGAAAUCUUGAAGCCAGAUAUAACUGCCCCCGGUGAAGAAAUCUUGGCUGUAUAUUCACCAAUUGUUUCACCCACGUCCAGCUCUCAAGACAAGAGGCGUGUUAAGUACAAUAUAUUGUCCAGAACCUCCAUAUCUUGCCCUCAUGCUGCUGGUGUGGCUGCAUAUGUCAAAACUUUUCACCCCGAUUGGUCAGCUUCAGCCAUCAAAUCCGCUAUUAUGACUACCGCUUCGCCCAUGAAUGCUACCAAAAAUUUAGAAGCAGAAUUUGCUUAUGGAUCUGGGCUAAUCAAUCCAACAAAAGCUGUUCGUCCAGGGCCCGUUUAUGAUGCUUCUAAGGAAGACAACAUCAAAAUGCGAUGCUUCUAA